AACACCUAUGCCAGAAACUACAACGGAAAGUCCAACUCCGCCGACCACUACGACUGAAAUUACUCCUACUACAACUGAAGAAACAACCUUAACUACGACAACGUCGCCAGAAACAACAAUAAUACCAACAACUACUACCACAACACCUAUGACAGAAACUACAACGGAAAGUCCAACUCCGCCGACCACUACGACUACUGAAGAAACAACU